CUUGUUGAUAAAGAGUUUCUUACACUUUUCAUAAACGAAAUGUACCACCAAUAUAAGGGAUAUUAUUGGCAUUUGUUUCUUAAUUAAUCAACUCAAAUACUUGUUUACAAUUGAUUUCAUACAAUAUACAGAAUAAUAAAAGCACACACUAACAACACGUAAAAUUUAACCGUGAAUAUUAAGUACAUAUCAAUAAUAUAAACUGAUACAAAUUGCAAAAUUAUUAUCAAAACUCGUGAGUUAUUCAAUACAGCAGUAGAAAUGUAAGAGUAGUUGAUGAGUAGUGGUAUUCAUGUAUAUAGCAGUGUUACAUAUAUGUAUGUAGAUGUAUAUAUAUAUAUGUGUAGGAAGGGUAUACGCCGCUGUAGCAAUCGGUCUGUGUUAUUUAUCACUCAUCAAUCAGUUAAGAAGAGAAUUAUUAUAGCAGAAUUUAGGAAAAAUUAAAUUAAAUUUCAUUUUAUUCAAUAAUAAUGGUGUUGUCCAUCAUGAAAUAUGGAAAUAUAUUCAUUAAAAUUGCUGCCGGUUGCAGACCUUCACGACAUAAUUUGCAAAUUAACAAGAUAUAUGCAGUUAAUUUUUCAAUAAAAUCUGAUUUACCUCAAGAAGAAGAAAAUACUUCAAAAUUACCACCACCAGUUGGAACUGAAGGGAAAUAUUUCAAGUCUGUUGAUCAGGCAAUAUCGGAUAUUUCUGAUGGAGCAAAAUUAUUAGUGGGUGGUUUUGGACUUUGUGGGAUACCUGAAAAUUUAAUAAAUGCAGUUAGUAAAAAGGGAAUAAAAAAUCUAACAGUAGUUUCAAAUAAUGCUGGAGUCGAUGAUGCCGGUUUAGGAAUACUUUUAACUCGUAGACAAGUGAAACGUAUGAUUUCUUCGUAUGUUGGUGAAUGUAAUGAGUUUGAAAAACUUUAUCUUGGCGGUGAGCUUGAAUUAGAAUUAACGCCGCAGGGAACAUUAGCAGAACGAAUUCGAGCUGGAGGUGCUGGGAUCCCAGCAUUUUUUACACCUACAGGAUUCGGAACAAUUAUUCAAGAAGGAAAUGUUGUUAUUAAAUAUGAUAACAAAGGAAAUGCAGCCAUAUCUGGUGAACCAAAGCCUUCUCAAAUGUUUAAUGGAAGAAAUUAUGUUAUGGAGACUGCUAUUACUGGAGACUUUGCAUUAAUUAAGGCAUGGAAAGCUGAUAAAGCUGGAAAUUUAAUAUUUCGAAAAUCAGCUAGAAACUUCAAUCCUACCAUGUGUAAAGCAGCUAAAAUUACCAUUGUAGAAGCAGAAGAAGUUGUUGAUAUUGGACAAUUAAAUCCAGAUGAGAUUCAUGUACCCGGCAUUUAUGUAGAUCGUGUAUUAAAAGGACGAAAUUAUGAAAAACGAAUCGAAAAAAUUAAAACUUAUCAGUCAAUGCAAACAACUAAGUCAACACCAGCUAGUAAAGCUAGAGAUAGAAUUAUUAGACGAGCAGCCCUAGAGUUUAAAGACGGAAUGUAUGCUAAUUUGGGAAUCGGUAUCCCGAUGCUAGCUGCUAAUUAUAUUAAAAAAGAUAUGAAUGUAACUAUUCAGUCUGAGAAUGGAAUUUUGGGACUUGGACCUUAUCCACAUGAAAAUGAAGUAGAUGCUGAUUUAAUUACUGCUGGAAAAGAAUCAACUACUGUUGUACCGGGUGCUUCUUUUUUUAGCAGUGAUGAAAGUUUCGCUAUGAUUCGAGGUGGUCACAUAGAUUUAUCGAUUCUCGGAGGUAUGCAAGUAUCUAAAUAUGGUGAUUUAGCUAACUGGAUGAUCCCCGGGUCAAUGGUAAAAGGUAUGGGUGGGGCAAUGGACUUAGUUUCUGCUGCAAAUACAAGAGUAGUUGUGACGAUGGAACAUAAAGCUCGAGAUGGUAAUCCAAAAAUUGUAGAAAAUUGUACUCUACCUUUGACAGGUCAACAAUGUGUUGAUUUAAUCAUCACGGAUCUAGCUGUUUUUGAAGUUAAUCAUGAAGAAGGUUUACGAUUAAUUGAAUUAGCUCCUAACAUUGAUAUCAGUGAAGUAGUUAGUUCAACCGGCUGUGAAUUUUCUGUGGCUGAUGAUCUUAAAGUAAUGGAACAAAUUUCGUUGGAUGAUGAAAGUUGAAUUUUAUAAGCCUUAACUUUUGCGGGAAGUGGAAGAAGAUAAAGAAUACUGUUUAAAAUUACGAGACCAAGAGCGAAAGCUAAAGAGAUAAGCAAAUUUAAAUCAACAUUUAAUACUUGCGAUAUAUUUUCC